AUGUCUAACCAAAGACCAUUUUCAUGGUUCCGGUUGGCUCCUUUCGGUCGCCAAGUGCAACCAACUCCAGCUCCAGCUCCAGCUCCACCAACAACCCCUCGGCCAAGAGCAUUUCGAGCUCCGGCUCCACAGCCAUUUAGGCCUCCUGCCCCUCAGCCUCGGCCAACCAUUCGACCAACUGCACCUGCUGUCACCGCUCCUCCACCUACUGCUCCAACUCGAGCAUUGUUCCCUGGCACUACUACGACUCAGCAGCCUGUACCAAAAUCCCCAACACCGUCCACUGCUCCUGGCUCUCCAGCCAAAUCAAUACCUGCUACAUCUGUCCCUGCUUCUCCCAUCAUCAAGGUGGUUCCUUCUUCAUCACCUACAUCUCCCACACUUCUCCCAAUCACUUCCUCUUCUUUCAACUUAAGAAGCCCUGAAACCAAAACAUCGAAACCAGCAGCAUCACCACCUAAAACUGCACCUCCAGCUGCCACCACCACCACUGCCACUGCUCCUACUGCUGCAACCACAACCUUAUCUUCAAGAAUUGUCAAGCCUUCGAGCGAAUCUCCACCAAAGCAUCCCGAAAUAAAGCCUCUAUUUCAUCCACCAGCUCAAGCACGGGCAGCUCCACAAGAAGAGAAGAAACUAAUGCUGGGGCAAGAAACCGCUGGGUAUUCUAAGAUGAAAGAGAAAUCUGCUAUGGAUAACAAGAAAGUUACCAAGUUUGAAAAACUACCAAGGAGGGUGGUUACACUGAUUGGCGAAAACAAAGGAGCGAUAAUGCUACUGAAUCCGAAUUCCACCAAGAAAUCUUAUACUAAUGUCUUCGGAGGUAAGUCCCAAACUGUUGGCAAGAAAGAAGACGGAGAAAUGGGGUCGAAGAAGAAGAAGGAAGAUCAAAAUGACAUGAACAUAAUGGAGAUGGAUGAGUCUACUUUGUUCAUUAACAGUAAUGUACAAGGAGUGAACAAUUCAAUUUUAGACGAUUCAAGUUUCACUGACCAUGAUCCUGGUUUCCACAUCUUCUUCUCAACGGAUUAA